UCACCCCAGGACAAGAGCUGCCGGCCACGCAAAGGGGAAGGAAACUGAGGCACGACCGAGCUCCACGCCGGGGAAACUGACUAGACUCAGAGGGUGAAAUCUGCUCCCAUUCGUCGCUCCGCUCCAGGGAAAUCACCUCGAUUCGCCUUCUGAAAUCGGCUCAAUUCACCCGGCAGCUCAGGUGAAAUUCCCCACGUUCGCCUGUUUCACAGCCGAAUUCGUGCCGUGGAAUCGGCUGAAUUUGCCCAGGGAAACCAGCUAAAUUCACCCCUUUGAUCCGGGGAAAUCGGCUCCAUCCGCCUGCCGGCGUCACUGAAAUCCCGGGAAUUCGCCCAGUGCCAGCUGCUAACUUCGCCCAGCGAGAAACUAACCCUGGAGAUCCCUGCCCGGAGCCCAGCCAAACCCACGGCCAUGAGCACCGAAAGUCUGGUCUGCGACAUCGAGAAGGGGGGCGUUAUCGUGGUGCGGGAGUCGAGACCCACCGACGGGCGCUGGAAAUGCCUCAGCAUCUGCUCCUUCCUGCUGCUGGUGGGCGCCACGGCCGUCUUCGCCCUGCUGCAUUUCAGAAACGGGGGGCCCUUGGUCAGCCAGGAUCCCAAAGAACCCAGGAGUUCGGGCCACACACAACAACUUACAGGUCCUAUGACGAUGAAGUUGCAAGCCCAGUCGCUGAAAAAGCCAGCUGCCCACGUCGUAGCAUCCAGUGACUCCAAAGAGCUGAUCUGGACUGACAAAGUGGCGCACACCAUGAUGCAGAACGGGAUGACGCUGGUAAACAAUAAAUUGGUGGUCCCGUCCGACGGCCUCUACUUCAUCUACUCCCAGGUGGUCUUCAAGGGAGACAAAUGUCCGGAGGAGUCCAUUCCUCUCCAGCAUACCAUCUUUCGCUACUCCGUCGAGUACCCAGAAAACGUUCCCUUGCUGAUGGCCAUCAAGUCGUUCUGCGAGGGGUCCAAGGCCGCCGAGAAUAAGGAGGGGGUGUGGUUCGAGUCCAUCUACCAAGGAGCUGUCUUCCAGUUGAUGAAAGGCGACGAGAUCUCCUCUGAAAUCGACUCGGCCCAAUAUUUAGAUCUGGACAGCAAUGGGCAGGUGUAUUUUGGGGUGAUCGCAUUGGAAUUAGGAGCUCCCCAAUAAUGAUCCACUGUCUUCUGUCCUUGGCCAACGCAUCCUGCAUCCUUGGUCAACCCACCAUCUUCCAUCCUCGGUCAACUCUUCAAUCCUUCUACCCAACUGGCGUCCAAAGCCGAGACUACCACCCGCAUCCCACCACAUCAAACUGACUAUCAGAGAUGAUCAGAAGCCCUCUCUGGACGUCCUUUAUGCCUCUCUGCCAAUCUGUCCCAUGUGCCCACCUCUAGGGACCAGACAAUCUCUCUAGACUUGGCCUGUCUGUGGUGGUCAGGAUGGGGCAUUGGGUUGCAUCUUGGUAGAACAAAACAAGAACCGGGUCAGAGCCACUGACCUACAAAAAUGUUGUGUUAACUAAUAUUGUAUUAUUUUUAUGGUUAUUAUGGCUAAUUAUUGUGGCUAAUAAUUUAUUUAUUUAUGUAUUUAUAUUUAUUGGGGUUAACGAAGCUGUGCUGGUGCACAGAGAGAUUUUUGUGUGUGUUGUACACACCUAUGACAACUAUAGGCCAUUGUGCGUGUGUGUGUGUCCGUCCACAAAUUCUAAGAUUCUAUAUACACAUCAGAAGGGGGUAGUGGGUGUGUCUACACAUAGACCCACAAAACCGCAGGCAAUGUUUGUGUGUUUGUAUCACACAGCUGCAGAUAAUAGACAGUUUUCUGUACACACACACACACACACACACACACGGAUGUUGCCUGUGGGUGUUUGACCCAAACCCACACCAAUUUUUGGCAAUUCUGGGAGUUUGUGUGUUUACAAAACACCCAGAUUUUCAGAGUGUGUGUGUGUGUGUGUGUGACAAAGUCUUCUUUCCAACAAAAGAGCCAUCCUCCAAAUCAGGCUGGCGGCGGGUGUGACAUUGUGUUACUCUUUGACCUGAGCAGCGACACAACCUCACCCCAACCUGCCCUGUUGCUGAGAGGGCUUUGUGGUGGCUGGACUACGCCCUGGCCCCCUCGGUACGGAUUCGGUGUAGGGUCCCUGUACGUAUACGGUGUAUACAUGACCCUAGCUGGCUAUAUGGACGUACAUUACACACAGCCAGGACUCCUGGGUUCUCUCCCGGCUCUGGGAGGGGAGUGGGGUCCAGUGGUUAGAGCAGGGGGGGCCGGGGGCCAGGACUCCUGGCUCACUCAAGGGAAUGAUGUUCUCAUUGUGAGGGGCAGAGAUAUUUGUAUCUGAGAUACAGUUUCCUGUCGAAUCCCUGAUCUCACGUCUCUUCGGGGAUUUCAGUCGUUUUACGUUUUAUGUUAAAAUGUCCCGCGCUGGGGGUGGGGCUCCCGCGUCUAACCUGGCGAAGGUUUGCCGGGCCGAAUCGCUCGCCACUCCUGGGUUUCUCAUGUGUGUUGUGGUUUAUUUUAUUUAUUGUGGUUAUUUAUUGU